GCAGCACUAAUUUGAACUGUCAAUUGAAGAAACAUAACCAAACAUUUUGCAAACAUUCUGUUCAAACAUAACCUAAUCCAUAUUGAAUUAUUUGUUUCGUAUAAAAUAAUGUUUUAUUUAAUUGGUCUGGGCUUAGGUGAUGCAAAAGACAUUACUGUAAAAGGAUUGGAAAUCGUAAAGAAUUGUGACAAAGUAUAUUUAGAGGCAUAUACUUCCAUCCUUACAGUUGGGAAAGAAACUUUGGAGGAGUUUUAUGGAAGACCCUUAAUACUAGCAGACCGUGAAUUAUGUGAAUCAAGUAUAGACAAUGUUCUUGAAGAAGCUAGAGAAAAACACAUUGCAUUAUUAGUUGUUGGGGAUCCAUUAGGAGCCACAACACAUACAGACAUGCUAUUACGAGCUAAAGAGUUUGGUGUCAGUACUCAGAUUGUGCACAAUGCUUCUAUAAUGAAUGCAGUGAGCUGUUGUGGUUUACAACUGUAUAAUUUUGGAGAAACAGUGUCAAUACCUUACUGGACCGACACAUGGAAACCAGACAGUUUCUUUGAAAAAAUAGUUGCUAAUUUCGCCAGAAAUUUGCAUACACUAUGUUUAUUGGAUAUAAAGGUAAAAGAACCAACAGAGGAGUCAUUGACCAAAAAAGUUCGCCAAUACAUGGAUCCAAAAUUUAUGUCAGUGAAGGAAGCAGCACAACAGUUAAUCCACAUAAUUGAAAAUCAUCCAGAAUCAGAAAUAAAUAAGUCUACAACAGCAGUGGGAUUAUGUAGAGUCGGGGCCCCCGAUCAAAAGAUCGCAGUUAGUUCCAUUGAAGCAAUGCAACAGUGUGACCUCGGGCCGCCGCUACACAGUCUUGUCAUCCCUGCUCCCAAUCUACAUCCGCUCGAACUAGACUAUCUCGCACAGUUUAGAUAGCCGCCACUUAACUGUGUGCAAUGUGCAUAUACGCAAUAUUUUGUUAUAUUUUACUAUGAUACAAAAUAAACAGCCAUUAGAGUAUAAUUAA